UUCGUUUAACUUUCAACCAGAAUAGUAUAUCUUUCGGAUAUAUUAUAGAAAAAAAAACUGUCUCAAUAAAACAAAAAACUUUCCAAAAUUUUCUCUUAAGAAUUUAAAUUCCACAAAAAUGACGAUAAUAAUAAAUACAACAAAUUUUACCAGUGCACUGGAAUAUGCCCAAAUUAUUCCAAUCUACACCUACGUCAACAUUAUCAGUAGUUUUCUAUUCGUCGAAAGUCAAUUGAACGAAAAUGAUCUUUACAAAAAUAUUCCAACAGUCAAUGCACUCUAUAAAUACUUUGAAGUAAAUAAAAAAGAUUUAGGAAAGAAAUUAGAGUUGGUGAGAAAAAUACUAGCGAGCACGGAUCUUUACGGCUCAAAGUCAUACGAGGACCUCGAUGAGACGUUCAUCAACACUAUGCUCGAGUACUUUGUCAAGUCCCUUGUUUUUCAAAAAUUCAAUAAUAUUUACGGUUUCCUAGCGAAUGUAACAAUUGGCAUCGAAAAACCGACCUAUAUUUCUGUAAUUGAAGGAGCGAGGUUGAAAAUUAAUGAAAUGGAAUUUGAGAAUGAGUACGGACCGAAAUCAAAAUUGUCACCAUUGGCGGCGAGGAGAAUAAUGAUGGAGGUGAUAGUGCCCAUGUUUCCGGUAGACGAGGAAGAUUUGGAAAUUUUUUCAGUUAAUUAUAUCUACGCACAGGCUGGUCUAACUUUUUUUAGGUCGAACGGCAGGAGUGUUAGUUUCUACUCUAAAGGUAAUUAUUCCGAAAUGUACUUAUGGAAGCAUGAAAUGAAUCUAAAAAUAAUGUUCGAGGAGUGUGUGGAAAUGGGUCACUUGAUUGAACAAAUGACACUGGCUAACAAAAUUAACGCAUCGGCGUUAACGGUUUUCGCACUUCCAGCUUUUCUCUACUACGUUAACAAUCAAAGGGACAACAUGACAGAAACAAUUUGUAGUAUAAUGAACACACAAAGUCAUUGGCUACAGGCUUUUCAGCUACUCUUCACGCAUUUAGAGUCCAAGUUGAACAAAGUGAAGCAGUUAAUGAAACCAACCGCGGAAAGUGAAUUCUAUCAAGCGGUCUCUAAAUUUAAGAAUCGUUCCACAAUCGCAAGGGAAAAUAUCCUGAAGUACUGUUUACAAACCGAGGAACUUGACCAAAUGAUCGAGAAUUACAAGAAUGAUAACAAUGACUACUACUGCAAUAAUUUUACAAAUAACAUAAAAUUACCCGAUCUGAAGGAACUUUUUAUGCAACAGGUUGAGAAUUUAAAGCAAAAGUGCUACAAAUUUGAAAUGAAGAAAUUAAAAGAGGCUUUCGGUGAUGAUUUCAUAAGGGAAAUGAAUCAAGCAAAUGUGGAGAUAUACAAUGGUAUCUAUAUUACCUUUCCUGAGUCUAUUUAUCCGAAGCCACCCAUACAGAUUUUAGCUUAUCCAAAUAUUGCUUUCAAAUGCUACUUUCCAAAGAAUGACACAACCGAAUAUUACGCCCUCGUAAAAGAAGAAACCAAACUUUGGCUAAUUAAGGAAUCCGAUAAUCCGGUGGAAUUUCGUCGGAAACUGAAUAUAACAAUUCAAUCAUUCUACAGGAGUCACUUCAUCUAUAAAUACAAGAGUGUGGAUGAAAAAUUCGGAACAUUCCUGCAGAUCAUGGCUUCGCAACAGGUGGCAAGAAUCGGUAAAUAUUUGGAGACUACUGGCUAUCAAGAGACGAGGGUCGAAUGGUGGAAGAAUUUUGGUCUGUCACUGAUACCAUUCUACAACUGUAUUGAUAGUGUUUUUGAUAAAUACCAAUCAUUUGCGUACACUUCGUGUGUUAUUGACAGUCUGUUGAUGUUCCCCUUGGUAUCGAUGUAUCUACGAACGUCAACUGCGGUCGGAAGAGUAAUUGCACUACCCAUACAGGCGACAAUCCAGUCGUUCGUUCUGAAAGUCUCCUUACAGGCAAUUGUGCGGACUUUCGUCUCCUAUACCAGUGAAGGUGCCGAAAGGUUAUUAGCAAUCUUCGACCAGAACUUUUUCAAACAUCUAGGUUACACUGUAAUUCGCCUUCUGGAUCCAGGCUUUGAACUUGUUUUCAAAAUAGGAACGAUGGGUCUGCUUUCGAUGAAAGCGGUGCUUAGUUAUCUAAGACAGGAAUUUGUGUUCUCCACCUCGUCAAUUGAGGUCAUUUUAGCAAAGGCUUUGGUUACCUUAAACAAGGUCGUUCUCAAAGUCGGUACCAAGUACGACCGGAACGUCUACGUUAAUUCCUUGGACGGUACCUCUGGUUUUGGCUUUAGGUACCUUAGACUAGAAGACAAGAACCAAAUUGCCGAACUUAGAAACAUUGGAUCCAAAGAAUCCCCCUACCUUCUUGAUCACAUCUCCAAGGACAAUCAGCGAGUCUACAAGGAAUUGAAUCCAAUUACUUGGCAGGUGGAGCAAACGGACAUAAUAUUCAAGGAACCAAUCGAAGAGGCAUCAUCCACGUCAACUUUUGAAAUUAACAUCAUAAAUGACGACAAUCUAGUUCUAUGCGAAGGUGGCAAUUUUCUCUGCGUCGGCAAGAAGAAAGCCACUAAUCGCGAUACCGAAAUCGCCAAUUUGCAAACAAUAGGAAUGGACGAACCGGAACUCUUCUAUGAACUCCAAAAUGCGGAAGAAUUCACCCCUAAGAAAAUUAAAACCAAGGAAAAGGCGAAGAGUAAGUUCGCCAAACUGUACCCCAACCAAAAUUCUGGAAAUCGUGACAUGUCAGUCUUCGCUCACAACAUGUACAAUCAGUACAUGAUGUCCCCGGCCAUAAAUAACCUCCAAUUUGAGGAUUUUGUCGCUAUUCGUUACUAUGGUACCGAUGGCUUUACCUUAAUUCGUGACGACACGGACGUUGCGAGACGAAUGAAGAACGCAAUCUACAGACUCGCGAUUCGUCAGUCGCGUGAUUUAAUCGAAGAAUAUAUUCCAAAAUUAUUUCGCGGUGAAGUUCGCGAAACUGAGGAAGUGGAAAAAUUCUUUUACAAUGGACGAAAGGAUAUGGUGCUCACGCAAUUUACCUCAGCGUCAGAAGAACCGAGUGUUGCACGAAUUUUUGCUUUGACGAAGUCCCAAACAAAGACGAGGAUUAUGUAUCAAAUGCGAUUCGACAGACCCUAUUUGAGAGCUAAAGUGAAAGAUGUAAUGGCCAUAAGAGAAAGCGAAACAAUUCUAUUGCCGGGAACGAAAUUUAAAAUUGAUGACCUAAGGUGGAAAUUUGAGAAUGAUCGCAAAGCCGGUUUAACUGUUAUUUUGUCCUACGAUUACGAGAGUAUGAAUUUAUUGCAGUCGCAAAUGAAUGUUAUGAGUGAAAUUAAAAAACUCCAGGAUUCAGAAACUAUAUUUUAUGUUGAAAAUUUGAAGAAAUAAAAAUUCUUGUUGUAUGAUUAAAAAUUUUGGGACUAACACACGUCUCUGAUUGACUUCAAAGUGUAUAAAACAUUUAGUUCUUCUUAAAAACAUACAAAAAAAAGGAAAAAAAUAGUUUUCUUCAUUUUUAGUUCAAUUAUUAUAUUUUGUUAAAUUUUUUAAAGUAAAUUUGUAAAGACAGCACAUAUUUAUAAAUUUUUAUUCAUUAUACCUAAUCUUUUAGUACUUUAUGUACGAAUGGGCACUGUCCGUAUAAAUGUUCUAAAUAAAUAAAAAAAAAUUUCGACGUGUUUUGACCCCGGAAGUCCAAAAAACGGAUUUUAAAAAUUUGUCCCGAUGUGUGUGUGUACUAACAUUACA